AUGGAUUCGACCAUUGUGGGCGUGCUCGGCGGCGGCCAGCUCGGCCGCAUGUUUGCCGAGGCAGCAUCGCGGCUAAAUAUUGCUGUGCGCUUUCUGGAUGUAGGUGCAAACACGCCUGCUAAGCAGAUCGUGAGCGUCCCGAAUGACCUCCCCGGCCAUGUGGACGGCAGCUUUUCCGAUGCUGCGCAGAUUCGCGCGCUGGCGAAGAAAGUCGAUGUACUCACUGUCGAGAUUGAGCAUGUGGAUGCCGACCAGCUCGAGGCGGUUCUGGAAGAAGGCCUGGUGCGCGCGGUGCAUCCCAGCCCCGCUACCAUCAAGCUGAUCCAGGAUAAGUACUUGCAAAAGGUGCACUUGCAAGAUGCGGGGUUGCCCGUGGUCGAGUUCAGUGCAGUGGAUACGCAGAAUGUGGAUGCGGCGAUUGACCGCUUUGGGCUCCCGCUUAUGCUCAAGUGCAGGACGCAAGCGUACGACGGGCGCGGCAACUUUACACUCCGAACGCGCGAACAAAUUCCCGAAGCAAUUUCCGCGCUGGGCGGCGGCACGCGCCCUCUGUACGCGGAAAAAUGGGCGUCCUUUGAAAAGGAACUUGCUGUAAUGGUUGUGCGCAGCACGGAUGGCGAUGUACGGGCCUACACGGCUGUCGAAACCGUGCACGAGAACAGCAUAUGCCACAGCGUAUACGCCCCGCUCCGUGUCCCCGUCGCUGGCCUCGAUAAGCGCGCGCGGGAUAUUGCAGAGCGUGCCGUUGCGACAUUUUCUGGCGCCGGUAUUUUCGGGGUCGAGAUGUUUCUUUUGCCCGGCAGUGUGCUGGUCAUCAAUGAAAUCGCGCCGCGUCCUCACAAUAGCGGGCAUUACACCAUGGAGGCAUCCGACACCACUCAGUUUGAGAAUCAUCUGCGGGCCGUUGUCGGCAUGCCGCUUGGCAGCACCGCGCUCAAAGUGCCGUCGGCCGCGAUGCUCAACAUCCUGGGCCUGGCAGACAUGGACAAGGACAAGGAUGCGUUGGCCAAGACGCUAGCGCCCGCCAUUCGCAGCCUUUCUGUUCCAGGCACUACUGUUCACCUUUAUGGGAAGCAGGGAUGCAGAAUCGGCCGCAAAUUAGGGCAUAUUAACGUGGUCGGAAAGUCGGAUGCGGCCGUGCGCGAGCGCAUGGGCGUGCUGCUUGACGAGCUUGCGCUUGCCAAAGCGUCUGCCGAGUCCGGCGCGCCUUGGAAUGCGGAAGCGGCCAAGAAACGCGUCGUUUCGAGUCCUGCGAGCCCUGUGCGAUCCGCCGACGACUUUAGCAAUCCUAGUCCCCUUGUCGGCGUGAUUAUGGGCUCCGAUAGCGAUCUGGUCGUCAUGAUGGCAGCAGCACAGGUACUGAAGCAGUUCGAUGUGCCGUUUGAGCUGACCAUUGUGAGCGCACAUCGCACGCCGGAGCGCAUGGCGCAGUAUGCACAAAGCGCGCGUGCGCGUGGACUUGGUGCAAUUAUUGCAGGCGCUGGCGGUGCCGCGCACCUGCCCGGCAUGGUUGCGGCGCAGACCUGUUUGCCUGUCAUUGGUGUCCCUGUCAAGGGCAGUUCACUCGACGGCGUCGAUUCGCUGCACAGCAUUGUACAAAUGCCGCGCGGCAUUCCCGUUGCUACGGUGGCUAUCAAUAACAGCAUGAACGCUGCCCUUUUAGCUAUCAGGAUCCUUGGAACGAGUAUUCCUUCGUACUUGGACAAGAUCGAGGAGUACAUGAAGGAAAUGGAACGCAGUGUGCACCAGAAAGUCGAGUGCCUCUACGCCCAGGCGUGGGACUAUCAGGUACCUGGCAAGUAA